AUGAAAAAGAUUGCUUUAGUUAAUCAUCUUUUAUAAAAUUAAGAUAAGAUUAUGAGAAAGUUUAAAAUAGUUUUUUUGAAUAUUAAGGAUUUUCCUUAUUAUGUGGCUAAUAUUUAACCUCUCUAAACAUUAACAGGACCUAUCCUGUUUUAUUAAAAUAAGAAGUCAUAAGCUUUAUGCUUUAAUUUAGAUUAUUCUUUGUUAGCAACAACUGAAAAUGAGACUAUACAUAUUUGGUAAUUUUAAGAAGGAAAAAUGAAUGCUUUUAUCCAACCAAAAAUCUAACAUAAAAAUGAUGUUGCGUGUAUAUUAAUUGGCUAAAAAUAUAGGCAUUCCUUUUUUUCAGCUGGAGGAAUAGGAGACCAUAGAAUUUUUAUGGUAUUUUUCAAACAAUAAUUGGGAAAUUUCGAAGCAGAAAACUACUAAAAUAGAAAAAAUGGAGGUUUCAAUAAAAAUGAAGAUUAAUUAUUUAAAAGUGAUUUACUUGGAAACAUAAGAAUAUGGAAAGUAAAUUAGAUGAAUAAGGUAUUUUCAUUUGAAAAAGAAUUAUAAGGGAAUAAUAAAUAAUGUUAGUCAAUAAAUCUUAAUUAGUCUGAAACAUAAUUAAUUUCUUUCGGAGAAGAAAAGCAGAUUAUUAUUUGGUAAAAAUAAUAGAAUAAUGAUUGUUGGAAGGUAUAGGAUAAAAUAACAGAAUACGAUUAAGCUUGCAAGUGUAAAUUUUUGAAUGAUUAAAUAUUUGUAUUUUGUACGCAUAAUGAAGGGAAAAAUAAAGUCGUUGAAAUCUCAAAAAUGUAAUUAGACUUUAAAAAAUCAGAUUAUUUUAGCCUUCCAAUAUAGUAUAUCAAUAAUAAAUAAAUAAAUAUUAAUUGUUAAGCAAAAUAGAUAUAUAUUUGCCUUAAAAAAAUUUAGAUUGAUCAGUUAUUUAAGAUUUAAAAACAAGUAAAUAUUUGUAACUUUAUCUAACGAUAAAUAAUUUUUUAUUGUUUGGAAUGA